AUGUCGGAGCAUACUUUGCAUCGUGACCUUUCCGAAUACGCUCGUCGGCGGCAGAAAGACGGUCCAUAUGCCGAGGAUCUUGAGGUCGACACUCUUGUAGUUGGUGGAGGGUUCGGAGGGACGUACCUGCUCUACGAAUUGCGCAAAGCUGGCUUCAAAACCGUUGUCUAUGAGGCCGGCGAGGGCUUUGGUGGCACUUGGCGUUUCAACUCCUAUCCCGUGACCGCAGUAGGCUCUCGAGUUGAUUCCGAGACCCCAAUCUACCAAUUUGCUAUACCCGAAGUCUAUAAGACAUGGACGUGGUCGACCAAUUACCCCGAUUACCGAGAAAUACAAGCUUACUUUGAUCAUCUGGACAAGGUCUGUGAUCUGAGCAAGGACACUGCAUUUAACACUGUUGUCACGUCGGCCGAGUUCGAUAGUGGCACAGGGAAAUGGACGGUAGGAACGGCCGACGGUCGUACCGCUAGGACAAAAUAUCUUAUCAUUGCGGCCGGGUUCGCUUCCAAAAGAUUCAUUCCAGAUUACCCUGGGGUGGAUAAGUUCAGAGGUCAAAUCCAUCACUCUUCAUUCUGGCCAGCCGGGGGGAUUGAGCCUGCCGGAAAGAGGGUUGCUGUCGUCGGGACCGGCGCCAGCGGUAUUCAAAUCAUUCAGGAAUGGGCUCCGAAAGUCGAGCAGCUCGUCGUGUUCCAGCGCACACCGAAUCUCACUUUGCCUAUGGGAAAACGUGAUAUGACAAAAGAGCAACAGGAAUGCCUCUACCCCGUUUAUGAUGAGCUCAUGCGCUUACGGGAGACGACUUUUGCGGGCUUCAUUUACGACUUUGUUGAGCGGGGCACAUUUGAAGACAACCCUGAGGAGCGCGAGGCUUUGUACGAACAGCUAUGGCAAAAGGCAGGAUUCAAUAUCUGGCUAGGCAACUACAAAGACUCUCUCUUCGAUCCCGCCGCAAACAGGUUGGUGUACGACUUCUGGCGCAGGAAGCAGUCAGCCCGGAUUAAAGACCCGCGAAAGCGGGAGCUACUGUGCCCUCUUGAGCCACCUCAUCCGUUUGGAGUCAAGAGGCCAUGUCUCGAGCAGAAUUUCUAUGAGGUCGUUGAUCAAGAUAAUGUCGUGCUUAUCGAUAUCAGUGAAAGGUCGAACAACAAGAUUGUCGAAUUCACUGAGACAGGUAUACGAACAAGUGACGGCAAGCAUUAUGAGGUUGAUAUUAUUGUGCUAGCAACCGGCUUUGAUGUCGGAACCGGAGGAAUUACAAACAUGGGUCUAAAAUCCAUACAUGGAACGACACUUCGGGAUGAAUGGUCCAAUGGCGCGUAUACCUACCUAGGGACAACAAUCGCGGGUUAUCCAAACCUCUUUUCUAUUUAUGGCCCGCAUGGCCCAACCUUGUUAGCAAAUGGGCCUACUUGUGUGGAAGUGCAAGGCCGUUGGAUACGAGACGCGAUCAAACUUGCAGAAAAGGAAGGAUUUAAGUACUUCAACCCGACACACGAGGCGAGCAAAAAGUGGAAGUCUCACGUUAUCGAACUAAGUGACGCAUCUCUUAUCUCGAAAACACGGAGCACAUACAUGGGCGGUAGCAUCCCUGGCAAACCCAUGGAGCCGAUCAGUUAUGCAGGGGGUGUACCAGCUUAUGUAAAGGAGAUUCGGGCAGUGUUGCCAGGUUGGAUUGGGUUUGAGACCGUGAAGAACUUAAAGUGA